AUGAUCGACUUCACGAAAUUCCUCGACACGGCCGACCGUCCACUCUUCAAGCGUCGUCUACACAUCCUCAUCGCAUCUCUCAUCUGCUUGACUUUUCUUCUCAUUAUCGUGCGACUAGCUAUCCCAAGAACACCAGCAACACGCACCAAUAUUUGGGGAAUUGCAGUGUGCAUCAAAGCGGCUGUCUUCCUGACCUACCAAGUCUUGACGACCUACAAGGACCGCUUCAAGCGGUGGGCCAGUCCCAAAGCCAACAUGAUCCUUGAUAUAAUCGAUACCGUGUUUUGGUUUGCGUUGUUCAUCAUCAGUAUUCUUGGUGGAAGCGGGGGGCAUAGUGCUGGUAGUAAGGCGUUGGGUGCCAUCGUGGCUAUCCUGGCGUUGGUGUUGUGUGGUGUUGUGGGCUUUUUGUCAUUUAUAUGCGUGCAAGACUAUCGGUAUUUCAAGGUUCAUGGGGUUGUUCCGGGGAAGGAGAAGUCUGCUGGUGAAGGCGAGGUGGUCUAG